AUGCUCCGCGACCACUUCCAGCGCGAGCCGCCGCCGCACCCUCGCCUCGAAGAUCUCAGCUUCACGAUCACCUACUGGAUCAAGGACCUCGCGCGCGCCUGGGCGCCCGUUGUCUCGCAGCUCGCCGUCGCCCUGCGCAACCCGGCGCGGUACCCCGCGUUCCGCCGCCUGUCUGUGUGCAAGUCCAUCGGCGUCGACUAUCGCGCUCCGCCGCCCUCCGAGGACGAGCUCGCGGCCGCGCGGGGGAUAUGUUUUUGGCUGUUUGCGGGCUUCGCGAGGCACAGCGUGCGGGUGGCUGUGGACACGGAGCUCAUGUAUGGGAGGAGGGUGGACGACAAGAUCCACGACGCGGCCAUCGUGGCCAGAUGGCGGGAGGAGAUGGUCGCACAUGAUUGUGAGAACGUGGAGCGGGAAUACUGGCCCCCUCAUGGUGGUUUGAUCAAGCCGUGGCCGCGGGAUCCACUUAGCGAGGCGCAAAUAACCUAUAUCUUCGACGAGCUGCGCUACGAGGCUUCGAGGCGCGACCCAACCACCGGGAUCUUUGCGAGCGCCAUCCGCAAGGUGUACGAAUCCCAUUCUCUCGUCGAUGGCAAUCUCAAGGAGCAGCUCAUGCGCGCUGCUUCUCUGUUCGAGAACGUUCCGGAGGACGAGAAAGACUGGCACCCCGGCGCCGACGGACAAGUCCUCGACCUCGUACACCCGUCCCUUUACCCCCUCUGCAUCGGGCACAGCUUGUUGCGCAUAGCUGACCCUGCGGACGGACCGCCCAAGCUCAUGCUGCUCGACAACGACAAGUACAUCAGCUCGCGCCCUGACCUCGAGGAAGAGAGGGACUACGCCGUCUCUCAAGCUUACCAGUGGCUCCCGACGGACUUCUUGGUCACUGCGCUCGAUUACAUCAACAACGCCCACCCUUUCCGGCACCGCGCGCUCUACCCCGUCGUCACUUCCCUCGUCGCGCGCUUCGUUCCCAUGUUCGAGCGUGUGCUCUCCGACGUCCUCUCCCCGAACUACAAAUCGAUCCACGAAUCACCCCACGAAUGGUACGACGACGUCGACGUGCGUUCGCCGGUAUGGGACCCAGAGGACAAUGCUAGCUCCAGCAAGCUCUGGGAAGCAUGGGCGGUGCAGCACAAGUGGCCUGUGAUCCCUGAACCCGAACCAUUCGCGCCCCCGUCCGCGGACGGCCGCGUGUCCUUCACGCUCAAGGGGCACACGGUGCAGGCGAUCGUCAAGCUCGCCAACAUCCACCUCACUCCCGAGAAGCCGACCUACCCCGGCGGCUCUUGGCACGUCGAAGGGAUGGCGAACGAGCGGAUCGUCGCGACGGGCCUCUACUACUACGCGAUGGAGAACGUGACCGAGAGCCGGCUCGGGUUCCGGAUGCGGGUCGGCGGGGAUGACUACGGGAUAGACCUCAAGUACGAGGAGGACGAUCACCGGGGGUACGUCGUCGCUUACGGCUUCGGGCGGGAAGACGAGCUGAACCAGCCGAUCGGGCACAUCGUCGCGCCGGAGGGCAAGUGUUUCGCGUUCCCGAACGUGUACCAGCACCGGGUUGAGCCGUUCGAGCUGGAGGACAAGACGCGACCCGGGCACCGGAAGAUAGUCGCGCUUUUUCUCGUCGACCCGACAAUCCGGGUACUGUCGACGAGCGACGUGCCGUCUCGGCAGCGGGAGUGGGCGCUGGCGGAGGUGGAGAGGGCGCCUGCGAUGCAGAAUCUCCCGCAGGAGCUUUACGACGAGAUCGUGGCGUUGGCGGAGGGUGGGUGGAUGUCGCGGGAGGAAGUGGAGGAGCACCGGCUGAAGCUCAUGGCUGAGCGGUCGAGGUUUGUCACCGUGCACAGCAGGGAUAGCUUCGAGGAGUUUUUCGACAUGUGCGAGCAUUGA